CAGACUGACUGCAAGAAAGGUGAUGGGUGGUCGAUCAAACAAUUUAAUUCAAAUCAAAAAGUUUGAAAUGAAUACAUUAAAAUAUAAUUGGUGAAUUUAGUGGGUGUGAUCCACUGAUAUUAAAAUAUUGAACACAUAUAAAAUUAAUGAAUAGCGGUAAUGAUUGACAAGAAAUAUGAAAGAAUGUUAUUGCGACGUAGAUUUUGUAAACGCGUUAUUUUUAUGAUUUUGGUGUUCGGCCUAUCAUUUUACGCUUCCGUUCUAAUGUUUGGUGACUUAAAAUCUACAAAUGUGUUGCAAUUAAUUGAUUUAAAUCGCUGUCCGGCGUGUUACGGAGUCACAGUAUGUCCAGAACUAUAUUCCAAUCAAAUUUUGUUAGAAUCUAAUUAUGGAUGGACUAAAAUGUUCAAUGCAAAAAAUAUUUAUUAUGGCUUUACUAAAUCCAACAACAGAAGAGUUGUCUUGAAGAAAUUAUCACACAGUUGGGAAUUGAAGGAGUUUGACUCAAAGCUUUGUAAGACUUGGGGUUUGAAAGAAAAUUGUAAGCCAACAGAUUUAUUGUCUGUGAAAAAUGCAGAUAAAAAAAUUAAAAAUUUAGUCAAAUAUAACUUAUCUCACCCUGAAACUGAACCACGGAAGGGGUUGGUGUAUUGUCCUUAUCCAUACAGUAUUUAUUCACUUCUUCAGCCAGUGUUUAAUAACCAACUGACAAAAUAUGCUUCUGAUGUAAUAAACAUAUGGACUAUGCUUAGUAUUAAUCCAGAACCUAUAAUUAUCCAGGUGCUUCCAAAAUCAAAGGGCUGGCCCGUGCCAGCAUUUGGAGGAGUCUGUGGACGGUUGGAGCUUGUGGCUUAUGAGGGAGAACCCUUGUCCUCCCUGAUGCAUGUAGCGUGGCAUAGGAAAUUGAAGUUUGCAUCCAAGAUACUGGCCGCCGCAAUGGACUUUACUUUUAAACAUGAUAGGUUCCGCUUCUACCUCAUGGACUGGUCUAUUGACAAUAUAGUGGCAAACGAGCGAGAUGAAGUAACCUUCAUUGACUUGGAAGAUGUGAUAGUGAUAGACAAACACAUUUCCCCUCAGAAAGACCUGCCGCAUUGGUACAAACGCUAUUCCAGAGAGUUCACAGGUCACGGUUUUACGUUUUCCAUUCAUGAUCUUUGUAAACAUCAUCUGAGUGACCAUAAUCUGUGGGCAGCUUGCUACGUACUUGCCGGACAAGAAAACCCGUUGUUAUAUCCAAUACCGAAUGAGGUCAAUGUGUCUAGGCCACAUUUUGAUGUUCUUUUAAACGAAUGUUUGAAUGGACAGGAUAGGUUUCGGACAAUGCCUAAAUUGCAACAAGUAAUCAGUGAUAUGUUGGCGGAUGAGAAGAUUGUGGGUUUUGGUGCCGUUAGGUAAUAUUACAACGUAUUUAAGAGUUCCGUGCCUAAAGGAUCUGAAAAUCCUCUUUUCUCCCUUUUUUAUCAUUUGUGUAUUUAUUUUUCACAAGACCAGCCAUAUUUAUAUAUUGAACAAAAACCAAAUGUGAAACCAAAGAUAUUUACGGGACAAAUUGUGUCCUUGACCUCUGAAUCUUAUGCGUCGUUUUUCCGCCGACCGGGGUGAUAUUACGUAUUUAGGAUCGUGGAUUUUAAUACUUUUAUUUUUUUUCGUACUUUCUGAAAUAUGAACUAAUAUUUUUCUUUUAACGUUUUUAAAUAUCCUUUAGAUGAGUACACUUCACAGUUAAAUUUAUGCAGUUGAAUUAAAAGUCACCCUGUAUAAAUCUCUUAAAUAUUUUGUAUUUGACUGCAAAAUCUUUUUCCUUUAAAAAUGCUUGAUUCAUGUUUUAUUUAUUUGGAACUCUAUAGUACAAUGGUAUUUUAAUGUUGAAAUUGUGGUAAGUGGAAAUUUGAAAUCUCUGCCUGCCCAAGAAAGAAGCGUGAUUAAAUGUAUGUUUUUUAUUGUUGAUAGAUGAGUGAUGGAGUGAAGGGACUGUGGGUUGAUGGUACGGAGCUCUUAAUUUACAAAUCCAAUACAUGUUUUAAUUUUUUUGAUCUGUUAUUAUUUUGUAUUGUGCAUUUAUUUUUUAAUAUUUGUUUGUAAUGUUUUUUUUAUUGUGUCGACUCCAUAGUAAUGGUUGUGUGGUAAAUUUUGAAGAAAACCUGUCUACUUAGUUGUAAAUUGUUGAAACUGUGAUAUUAAUGUUGCCAUAGUAAAUGGGUCGCCUUUGUUCUUCUUAUAAAUAUAUGGCUAUAUUUAUUAAGUUUAUAAUAUAGUUGGGUUCAGUACAUAUAGUCUCUCAAAAUAAAUCUCAGUUGCUUCAUUGUAAUGAAAUACUUUUAAAAGACUGUAAAAUUUAUAUGUAAAUGUAUUUCAUAUUUACAAGCUCAAUUUCAUUGUGAAUUGCC